AUGUCAGAUCAAACAAGGUCGAGGUUGAUUUUAGAACACCCUAUUGGGGAUGGCUUGAAGGGCUUUCGUGCCACGUUCACCUCGAUCUGUAAAGGUGCGGACUUGCGCUCACCAGAUGAGGCCAUCGAUCGGCUUAAGCGGGAGGAUGUGCAAGAUCUCGCCUCCAGCCUCCUAACAGCCCUUCAGAUCCUUCCCACCGCCCGUCUUCUGCCGUCCAAUUCAGGAGGAAUCGUUCGGAGUAACCUGCUUCGACUCAUAUCUGCCGUCGCAUCAAAUGAUUUCGACCUCGAACGAAUUAAACCGCUGCUCAAAAUAUCUAUUGUGGACGCGUCAACAGAUGAACAGAUAUGGAAACUGGUGGAUGCUGCCGCAGCGGAAUCUACCCCGCCCCCUCGAACGAUUGCCUCCUCGCUCCAGCAAACGCCAUGGCUCCACAAGACGAGUAGCUUCGCGAACUCCUCGGAAUACCGCCAAGACGUAGACAGGGUCCUCAAGUCCGAGCUUGGACCUCUGUAUGUAGGGCUCCCGCAUUUUCGAUCAACAUUUUUUGGAGGUGUCAGUGGUCUUCAAUCUGCAUCCAAUGCCGUGUUUCAAAGAUGCACAGAAGGCAGCAAUGCGGCUUUUGCAGAUGGGUGGAAAGGAUGGCCAAAGAACGCAAACCAAGAAGAUGUUUUGAGCUGGUUUGCAGAUCUGAGCGAGAAACUAGUAACAUUCUCAGCAGACUAUGUUCCUGUUUCGGCGCACCUGCGAAGGCCACUCGCACAGCCCAACAAACCCGUCCAGGGUUCCACGGCAGAGCGCAAGCUAGACAUUGGGUUCGUGAGUGACACUGGCGCUGGAAAGGACACCCGAUGUCAGUGGUCACAGAUUCUCGUACCCGGCGAGCUAAAAAGCAAUCCUGCCGCCGACACCGCUUCUAAGGCAUGGCUUGACUUGGGAAGAUAUGCUAGAGAAGUCCUCGCGGCUCAAGAUACCCGUCGCUUCGUUCUGGGCUUUACAUUAUGUGGCUCCUUCAUGAGGAUAUGGGCCUUUGAUCGUCUUGGAGGAGUCGCAUCCGAACGAUUCGACAUAAAUGAGGAUGGACUCCAGUUUGUGUCGACCAUUCUCGGGUUUCUAUGGAUGAGCGAGAAAGACUGUGGAUUUGACCCCACAAUCAUCACGAGAGAUGGCCAGCGGACCAUUGAGAUAGAGCAGAACGGUCAGACCGAACGUCUUGUCCUCGAGAGGUUGAUGACACGGGCACCUUGCAUCGCAGGUCGAGCAACAACAUGCUGGAAAGCGCAUCGUGAAGAGGACCCCGGGAUUCCACUCGUAGUCAAAGAUUCUUGGCAAUACACAGAGCGCGACGAAGAAGGUGAUCUUCUCAAAGAAGCCACCGAACGAGGGGUGGUCAACGUCGCGCGGUAUUAUCAUCAUGCGACGGUUCGUACCUGUGGUAAGUCUGAUGAUGUCCGGGACAACGUUCGAGGCGGCUUGGAUAUCAGGACCGCGAGCAAUUAUCGGCCAGAACAAUUCUCGCUCACAAGUGCAACCGUCGCUCCGCGGAAGGGCCGGAGCAGCGGCCGGUCCGGCGUGAAGCGCUCUUCCAGUCAAACUGGUACCUCUCUGCCACCUAGUAAGCGAUCCUGUUCGGCAUCUCCUACCAAGGCACCCAGCAACUCACUGCCAAAUCGAGUUCAUCGGCGUGUCGUCCUGCGUGACUAUGGCAAACCAAUUUACCAAGCAAGCACUCGCUUGGCCCUGCUUGCCGCGUUAGAGGGUUGCAUUACAGGGCAUCAGUCUUUGCAAAGCGCCGGAAUCCUUCACCGAGAUAUCUCAGUCAAUAAUCUCAUGAUUAACGAGGACAAAAAGAACCCAUCGUGGCCGUCAUUCUUGAUUGAUCUUGAUCUAGCCAUCAGAGAGGAGCGAGACGGUGCUUCGGGAGCAAAUGGAAAGACCGGCACAAGGGCCUUUAUGGCAAUUGGCUCGCUUCUGGGCGAGAAGCACUCUUUUAUGCAUGACCUUGAAUCAUUCUUCUGGGUAAUUUUCUGGAUUUGCAUCCAUUACGAGGGGCCGGGUAACGGAAGAGUUGUUGCAAGGUUUGAUAAGUGGAAUUUUGUGGAUACAGAGGACCUGGCCUUUUUGAAGACAGGCCAGAUAUCUGAGGAAGCAGAUUUUGUGAGGUCUGCGAAUGAGUACUUCACAGAGUACUACCAGCCACUUAUUCCAUGUGUCAACACACUUCGGAAGGUGGUCUUUCCCGAUGGGAGGAGAUGGGCGAAGGAAGAUAUAGGAUUGUAUGGUAGGAUGAAAGAGAUCCUACGGAGAGCCCAAGAGGACUGA